AUGCUAGAAGGAUUUUACGUGGAUGAUUUAGUAUCAGGCGGAAACACAAGCGAAGACGUAUUGGAUUUAUAUAAUAAGGCUAGAUCUCAAAUGGAAAGUGGAGGUUUCCGAUUGCAUAAGUGGAAAACAAAUGAUCCGACAUUAAGACAGAACAUUUGUGAGUCUGAGAAGGAUGUGCCACAACAAGUAAUUAGGGGGUUGGAAGAAGACGAAACGUAUGCAAAAUCAAAAUUGGUUCCUCAAAGUGGAACAAAGGGUGAAAAGGUUUUAGGAUUGGCAUGGAAUUUACAGAAUGACACAAUACGUUUCAAUUUUGAACAAAAUGCUUGUUGA